UCCCCGCGGGUUCUUUCCCCAUCAGCAAAAUGUGCAUCCAUUUACCCCAAAACCCCAAAAUUUAUGUAACUGUGUUAUGUUAGGGGGUUAGGGCUUACCAGUCUCCUUCUCCUCCUUCAUUCCAAACCCAAAGCAAUCUCUCAAACUUGGUAAAGUGAAAAGAGUCGUACAAUAUGAGACUCCUCACCCAUAACAUGCUAUCCUCCAACAUCAAGGGGGUCACCAAUGGCUUCCCUCUCCGGAUCCAAGUGGAGAAAGUCGUUGAGAGAGAGGUUGACCUGAACCCCGAUUUUCUCAAAUCCAUGUUCUCCAAGAUCGACUGGAAAGCCCUAGUCGAGGCCUCUCGCUCAAUCGGCUACACUGAGCUCCCCGUCGAGGUUGAACCUUCUAUGCUCGACUCCGACGACUUCCUUCGCCGUUUCCACCACGCGCUCCUCCAGCUUCACAUCGAAGAAGGCGCGCUCCUCUGCCCCGAGACUGGUCGCCGGUUCCCGGUCACCAAGGGAAUCCCCAAUAUGCUUCUCCACGAGGAUGAGGUUUGAUUGGUUGUAAUCCACUUUGGUUAGUCUCACUGGGUUUAAGCGUUUUCCAUAUACAAAGUAGGACUCUCUUUUAUAAUUAUCAAUUUUGGUUGAAUCUGUUUCGAAAGCCUAAUUCAAUGCAUAUGUGUUUACCUCUUU